GGACUGAGAAGGCGGCGGGACCAAGAUGGCGGCGCGGGCGGGGGUCUGCGGGGACCGGGGGGCGGUGGGACGCUGACCCCGCCUCCCGCUGCCGCCAGUCGGAGUCAGGAACUGCGGAGCCGGAACAUGGCGGCAGCGACGGCGCGCGGCUUCGGGCCGGAGCGGGAAGCAGAGCCCGCUAAGGAGGCGCGCGUCGUGGGCUCCGAGCUCGUCGACACGUAUACGGUUUACAUCAUCCGGGUCACUGAUGGCAACCAUGAGUGGACAGUCAAGCACCGUUACAGUGACUUCCAUGACCUGCAUGAAAAGCUUGUUGCAGAGAAAAAGAUUGAUAAAAAUCUACUUCCACCCAAAAAGAUAAUUGGGAAGAACUCCAGAAGCUUGGUGGAAAAGAGAGAGAAAGACCUAGAAGUGUACCUUCAGACCCUCCUGACUUCCUUCCCUGGCGUGGCCCCUAGAGUGCUGGCCCACUUCUUGCAUUUUCACUUCUAUGAGGUAAAUGGGAUCACUGCUGCACUGGCUGAAGAACUCUAUGAAAAAGGAGAGCAGCUCCUGGGGGCCGGUGAAGUCUUUGCCAUUGGGCCCCUGCAGCUGUAUGCAGUCACGGAGCAGCUGCAGCAGGGAAAGCCCACAUGUGCCAGCGGGGACGCCAAGACUGACCUUGGGCACAUCCUGGACUUCACCUGUCGUCUUAAAUACCUGAAGGUUUCUGGCACAGAAGGAGCUUUUGGAACCAGUAACAUUCAAGAGCAGCUCCUGCCAUUUGAUCUGUCAAUAUUUAAGUCUCUUCAUCAGGUAGAGAUAAGUCACUGUGAUGCUAAGAACAUCCGGGGACUGGUUGCUUCAAAGCCCACCUUAGCUACCCUGAGCAUCCGCUUCUCAGCAACCUCAAUGAAGGAAGUCCUUGUUCCUGAAGCGUCAGAAUUUGAUGGAUGGGAGCCCGAAGGCACAGCCCUCGAAGGCUCUGUGACUGCCAUCAUCCCCACAUGGCAAGCAUUGACCACCCUCGACCUAAGCCACAACAGCAUCUCUGAGAUCGACGAGUCUGUGAAACUGAUCCCAAAGAUUGAAUUCCUGGACCUGAGUCACAAUGGAGUGCUGCUCAUGGACAACCUGCAGCACCUGUACAACCUCGUGCACCUUGACCUGUCCUACAAUAAGCUUUCCUCCUUGGAAGGCGUUCACACUAAACUGGGCAAUAUCAAGACCCUGAACCUGGCAGGCAACCUCCUGGAGAACCUGAGUGGCCUGCACAAGCUCUAUUCCCUGGUCAACCUGGACCUCAGCAACAACAGAAUCGAACAAAUGGAGGAGGUCCGGAGCAUAGGUGGCCUGCCAUGUCUGGAGCACGUUUCCCUGCUAAACAACCCGCUAAGCAUUAUCCCAGACUACCGGACCAAGGUGCUCGCACAGUUUGGAGAGCGGGCCUCAGAGGUCUGUCUGGAUAACACAGUGACCACAGAGAAGGAGCUAGACACUGUGGAAGUGCUGAAAGCAAUCCAGAAAGCCAAGGAUGUCAAGUCCAAACUGAGCCACCCAGAGAAGAAGGUUGGUGAUGAUUCCCGGCUCUCGGCUGUUCCCUGCACCAGGCCCAGUGGCUCACCCCCGCUUUCGGCUCCCACCUCUGCCUCCCUGCCCCAGCCCAUCUUUUCCAACCAAGGAGUCAUGUUCGUGCAGGAGGAGGCUCUGGCCAGCAGCCUCUCAUCUACGGACAGUCUGGUUCCCGAAGACCGGCCCAUUGCCCAGGGCUACUCUGAUUCCCUGGAGUCCAUCCCUGCGGGACAGGCAGCUUCCAGUGAUUUGAGGGACGUACCAGGAGCCAUUGGUGGUGCAAGCCCAGAGCACAUGGAGCCGGAGGUGCAGGUGGUGCCUGGGUCCGGCCAGAUCAUCUUCCUACCCUUCACCUGCAUAGGCUACACGGCCACCAACCAGGACUUCAUCCAGCGCCUGAGCACACUGAUCCGCCAGGCCAUCGAGCGGCAGCUGCCUGCCUGGAUCGAGGCAGCAAACCAGCAAGAGGAGGGGCAGGGUGAGCAGGGUGAGGAGGACGACGACGAGGACGAGGAGGAUGUUGCUGAGAACCGCUACUUUGAAAUGGGGCCUCCAGACACAGAGGAAGAGGAGGGCGGCCAGGGGGAGGAGGAUGAGGAUGAGGACGAGGAGGCCGAGGAGGAGCGCCUGGCCCUAGAGUGGGCGCUGGGUACAGAUGAGGACUUCUUGCUGGAGCACAUCCGCAUCCUCAAAGUGCUGUGGUGCUUCCUGAUUCAUGUGCAGGGCAGCAUCCGCCAGUUUGCCGCCUGCCUCGUGCUCACAGACUUUGGUAUUGCCGUCUUUGAGAUCCCACACCAGGAGUCACGCGGCAGCAGCCAGCACAUUCUCUCGUCGCUGCGCUUUGUCUUCUGCUUCCCCCAUGGCGACCUCACUGAGUUUGGGUUCCUCAUGCCAGAGCUGUGUCUGGUGCUCAAAGUGCGGCAUAGUGAAAACACACUCUUCAUCAUCUCUGAUGCCACCAACCUGCACGAGUUCCAUUCUGACCUGCGCUCCUGCUUCGCCCCCCAGCACAUGGCCAUGCUGUGCAGCCCCAUCCUCUAUGGCAGCCACACCAGUCUGCAGGAGUUCCUGUGCCAGCUGCUGACCUUCUAUAAGGUGGCUGGUGGCUGCCAGGAGCGCAGCCAGGGCUGCUUCCCAGUCUACCUGGUCUACAGUGACAAACGAAUGGUGCAGACGGCCGCUGGGGACUACUCGGGCAACAUUGAGUGGGCCAGCUGCACACUCUGCUCAGCCGUGCGGCGCUCCUGCUGUGCACCCUCCGAAGCCGUCAAGUCUGCUGCCAUCCCCUACUGGCUGCUGCUUACACCCCAGCACCUCAAUGUCAUCAAGGCUGAUUUCAACCCCAUGCCCAACCGAGGUACCCACAACUGCCGCAACCGCAACAGCUUCAAACUCAGCCGUGUGCCGCUCUCCACUGUCCUGCUGGACCCCACACGCAGCUGCACACAGCCCAGGGGCGCCUUUGCUGAUGGCCAUGUGCUCGAGCUGCUUGUUGGUUACCGCUUUGUCACUGCCAUCUUCGUGUUGCCGCAUGAGAAGUUCCACUUCCUGCGCAUAUACAACCAGCUGCGAGCCUCACUGCAGGACUUGAAGACUGUGGUCAUUGCCAAGAGCUCCACAAAUGGGGCCAGACCCCAGAGCCCUCCAGUGGAUGGCCAGCCUGCUGAAGGCAAGGCCAGGGAUGACCAGCGUCCCCAGGAAGGCCCUGCAAAGGCUACAGCCCUAGCCCCAGCCCCAGCUCCAGCUUCAACCUCAGCAGAGGCCCAGGCACCACCUCCAGCCCCAGCAGAGGCUUCAGCUCCAGCUCUGGUCCCCGAGGAGGCUCCAGUAGAGACCCCACCUCCAGCCCAGUACCCAAGCGAGCAGCUGAUCCAGUCCACCUCAGAGGAGAACCAGAUCCCCUUGCACCUGCCUGUCUGCCCAUCUCUUCAGCACAUUGCCAGCCUGCAGGGCAAGGCUGUCAUCGAGCUCUUCCACAGCAGCAUUGCCGAGGUUGAAAAUGAGGAGCUGAGGCACCUCCUGUGGUCAUCAGUAGUGUUCUACCAGACCCCAGGGCUGGAGGUGACCGCCUGUGUGCUGCUGUCUACCAAGGCUGUGUACUUCGUGCUGCACGAUGGCCUCCGCCGCUACUUCUCAGAGCCACUGCAGGAUUUCUGGCAUCAGAAAAACACUGACUACAACAACAGUCCCUUCCACAUCUCCCAGUGCUUUGUGCUUAAACUCAGUGACCUGCAGUCAGUCAAUGUUGGCCUUUUUGACCAGCACUUCCGGCUGACGGGCUCCUCCCCAGCACAGGUGGUCACAUGUCUGACUCGGGACAGCUACCUGACGCACUGCUUUCUGCAGCAUCUCAUGCUCGUGCUUUCCUCCCUGGAGCGCACACCCUCACCUGAGCCUGUAGACAAAGACUUCUACUCGGAGUUUGGGAACAAGACCACAGGGAAGAUGGAGAACUAUGAGCUGAUCCACUCGAGUCGUGUCAAGUUCACUUACCCCAGCGAGGAGGAGGUUGGGGACCUAACAUACAUUGUGGCCCAGAAGACAGCUGAUCCAGACAAGGCCCCAACCCCCAGCAUUCUCCUGUACGUGCAGGCCUUCCUGGUGGGCCCACUGCCACCAGGGCGCUGCCGGAGCCCCCUGCGCCCCAAGACACUCCUGCUCACCAGCACGGAGCUCUUUCUUUUGGAUGAGGACUAUAUCCACUACCCUCUGCCUGAGUUUGCCAAAGAGCCACCACAGAGGGACAGGUACCGGCUAGAUGAUGGCCGCCGUGUCCGAGAUUUGGACCGCAUCCUCAUGGGCUACCAGCCCUACCCACAGGCUCUCACCCUUGUCUUUGAUGAUAUGCAGGGCCAUGACCUCAUGGGUUGUGUCACCCUGGACCAUUUCGGAGAGGUGCCGUGUGGUUCCGCCAGAGCAGGCCAGGGCCAUGAGAUCCAGUGGCAGGUGUUUGUCCCCAGCGCUGAGAGCCGAGAGAAGCUCAUCUCACUGUUGGCCCGCCAGUGGGAGGCCCUGUGUGGCCGGGAGCUGCCCGUGGAGCUUACUGGCUAGCUCUUCUGCCAAGUCUAGCCCAGUGCCUACAAAGAACAGGGAAGCAGGCUCUCUUUGUUCUCUUAGAAGUAUUUUCUCUGCUCCCUUUUGGUAUCUUAAUUUGACAGUCCCUGUGAGAAUGUGAACAUGUGUGUUCAGUUAAUUCUGUCCAGGGCUGGAAAUGAGAAUGCCGUUACCCCCCCCCAGGCCUGUGACUCAGCCUUCCAUGUGCUGCCCACCCCAGAGUGACACAACAGGCACAUCAGCAUUGUGUCACUGUGUGCCAUUGUUAACGUGUGCAGCUGUGGAUCUGACCAACUCCCCUGUCCUUUGUCACUGUUGCUAUCAUUGUGGGCAUUUUGCUGCUAAUCAUGAAGCUGGUAGCAGAGAGUAUGUUGGAAGCUCCCGCCCCAUGCAGCCAUGGUGGACACCUGUAAUCCUAGCAUUUGGGAAGCUAAGGCAAGAGGAUCACCCAGCGUUUGAGGCCAGCCUCAGCAACAUAGUGAGUUCAAGGCUGGCCUAGAUUACAUAGUGAGUCUCUGUUUUAAAAAAAAAAAGAAAAGAAAAGAAAAAAAGUGAAGGCCUCCUGUGGUCCAAACAAGAGGAAGAUCCUGAUAGGCCAGUCCAGCAGCCUUGGGGCUGCCGUGGGUUGUGGGGUUCCUAGAGCUACUGGCACCAAGAGUGAUUCCUGUUGUCUAUUUUCUCUAUUCCAAUAAAGCAGUUUGACAUGG